AUGUUAGCUCAAAACAAGAACGGAUUUCAUUACAUUGCAGAUGGCCUGAGCAAAGGAAAUAGCACACAGAAGCCAACACCUUCAGGUUUCCAAAGAAAUGAGUAUGCUGAGGCUCAGCUUCAAGAGAUUAUCAAAAAAAUGCGAGAAAGGGCGGAUGUGUAUAAGGAAAAACUGAACGACCCAGUGCUGUCUUCACCUGAAGGCAGUCCUACAGCUUUUCUCUACAAUAAGCCAGGUCCCAAGAAAGAGGAGGCAGAAGCCAAGCCAGAGGAGGAUCAUUACUGCGAUAUGUUGUGCUGUAAAUUCAAAAAACCCCCACUGAAAAAAUACAUGGAGCAUCUGCAGCUACCAGAGACCAUAGACUCAUACACAGAUCGCCGUUACGUAGGAUGGCUCAUGCUUGUGACAAUCGCCUAUAAUUGGAAUUGCUGGUUUAUUCCCCUUCGCUAUGUGUUCCCAUAUCAAACCCCAAGUAACACAAUAUACUGGUUUACCAUUGAUGUCAUUUGUGAUAUCUGCUACCUCUGUGACUUACUGAUUUUCCAGCCCCGAGUGCGAUUUAUAAGAGGGGGAGACAUAAUAAUAGACAAAGUGGAAACGAAAAAAUUCUACCACAGCACUGUGAAGUUUCAGCUUGACGUGAUAUCAGUAUUGCCAUUUGACAUUUUAUACUUCUUCUUUGGAUUUAAUCCAGCACUUAGAGUAAACAGGAUGCUAAAGCAUAACACAUUCUUUGAGUUUAAUGAUCGUUUGGAAGCUAUUAUGGAAAAAGCAUACAUCUACAGGGUCAUUCGAACAACUGGAUACUUGCUGUUUAUCUUACACAUUAAUGCAUGCCUGUAUUAUUGGGCUUCAGACUAUGAAGGACUUGGCAGCACUAGAUGGGUGUACGAUGGUGAAGGAAACAUGUAUCUGAGGUGUUACUACUGGGCGGUUCGCAGUUUAAUCACCAUCGGUGGCCUGGCAGAACCACAAACGCUGUUUGAGAUAAUUUUUCAACUGCUGAAUUAUUUCAUGGGUGUCUUUGUCUUCUCCAGCUUAAUUGGUCAGAUGAGAGAUGUAAUUGGAGCAGCAACAGCAGGACAGAACUACUUUCGUUCCUGUGUGGAUAACACUGUCUCCUAUAUGAACACUUAUUCUAUUCCAAGACUGGUCCAAAAUCGUGUUCGAACUUGGUAUGAAUACACAUGGGACUCUCAGGGAAUGCUGGAUGAAUCAGAAUUACUGGAGCAGAUGCCAACAAGAAUGCAAUUAGCCAUUGCAAUUGAUGUGAACUUUGCCAUUGUCAAUAAAGUGGACUUAUUUAAAGGCUGUGAUACCCAGAUGAUAUAUGACAUGCUGCUAAGGUUGAAAUCCAUUGUAUAUUUACCUGGUGACUUUGUCUGCAAAAAGGGAGAGAUUGGCAGAGAGAUGUACAUCAUCAAACAGGGUGAAGUUCAAGUCCUUGGAGGUCCUGAUGGUACAAAAGUCCUGGUUACAUUAAGAGCAGGAGCUGUAUUUGGGGAGAUCAGCCUACUAGCUGCAGGUGGAGGAAAUCGAAGGACUGCCAAUGUGGUGGCUCAUGGUUUUGCCAACCUUUUCAUUCUGGACAAGAAAACACUAAACGAAAUCUUGAGGCACUACCCUGACUCAGAAAAGCUCCUCAUGAAGAAAGCAAAGGUGCUGCUGAAACAGAAGGGGAAACCUCCUCCAGGACCACCAGUACAACAACCACGAGGCUUGGCCGGUCUCUUCGGGCAGAAACAGGAAACUCCAAAAUUGUUUAAAGCAAUGCUUGGAGCCAGAGGAAAAGAUGGCCUUGCUAAGCUGCUGCAGCUGAAGAGACAACAAGACGCUGAGGAAGUUAAAGCUGAAACAGAGACUAAGCCUAAAGAAGAGGAGAAGAUGCCUGAGAAGCCCGCAGCCCCCUCUGCACCCCCUGCUCCAAAGAAAGAGCCAAAGGCAGAUGCUAAGCCUGCAGUUAUGCAGAGAGGAACCAGUAAGGAGUCUCUGAUCAUUAGUAUGUCACCAUCCCCCAGAGCAGGAGAAGGAGAGAUCCUUAAAGUCGAAAUUAAAGAGACACAAAAGAAAUAGAUGAUGCUUUGGGCUCUGGCCCCAUCUAUUGUCUUGCUGAAUUCAAGCUUCUGAAUUCAGGGCUGGUGUGACUUUGCUCUUGGGUACAGAAGAUAAAAGUAGAGACUACUCAUGAGAAAAAUCUACUUCAGCUCCUCUUCUUUCCUUCCUCUCCUGGCACAAUGGGACAAAUUAUUUACAUUCUUAACCUUGAGCCUGAAGAGAGAAUUGGUGUCCUAGGAAUUAAAGCUUAGAUUGUAUUUCAGGACCACUUGUUUCUUGUUUGAUCCAUGCUCUCCUUUUUCUCUUCCUCCAUCUUGUUUCUGCUUCUUCUCUUCCCUCUCCUGUUUAUCCUUGCAUUCUUAUUUCUGUUCCUGUUGCUCAAUUUGCUCUUAACUAUUGUAUGUACUCUUUGCUAUUUUUUCCCUCUGUUUUCACACAGUUAUCCUUUUCCUUGCUACUGCCCUCCUGUUGCUGAGGGUCCUUAUGUUUUUCUCUAACCUUCUCUCUCCUCCCCUUAUACUUCUAAUA